AUGCAGCCACCAGCUCUUCCCAGUAAUAACCUUGACCAUCUCUUUGAAGAUAAAUUCACUCUCCAGCAAAACCGCCACACUUCCUGGCACCACUCUGGCUCUCCCCGACCAUCACCAACACCAGCUACUGUGGAUGAAACAUAUUUCUUGAUUAUACGAUUUGUCUCCCAAUCUGCAGCUGAAAGGGUUUUGAGUUCAAGCUCCAUUGGUCAUAUGAGUCAAAAAAGAUGGGAUUGAAUUGUGAUCACCGGACUGAACUAAUCUUUGUCACUCUCUUCAUCUCUCCCUCUCUGUCUCUCUCUCAAAAAGGUUUCUUAUUGGUUUUCUAAAUUGCUUAUAUGCUUACCUGCAUGUUUGAUUUAUGACACAGGUUAGCACAUGUAGAUGUGUAGAUGGUGGAUAAAGUGUUGCUUGGUCUACAGAGAGGAAUAUUGAUUUACAGUAUUAAGUAUUGCACAAGUUGAUAAUCGCUCUUCUCCUUAAUAUAUUAAUUGAUACUUUUAUCUAAAUCGAAUAUGAUCAUUAUUAACCAUGAAAGUAGUUAUUUGCUUAUUUUGCAGUAGUCCCCAUCUUUUACUUUUUAAUCGAUAUAUCAUUAAAUAUGAGCAACCUCCUGUUGAUUUUGUGUAAAGAUAAUCUUAGUAGUUUGAACUAAUUCUCAAUCCAUUGCAGCACAGAUGACUACUUAUGAUGAAGUUGAGGUUAUUUUUCUUCUUUGCAUCCUGAUGAUAAUCAUACUAAUAUAUAAAUUUUAUGUUUGUGAACGUAGAAAACCUCUGUUAGGGGUGUUGGGGAUAUUAAAUAUGGUAUAUCAUAAGCAACAAUGUCAGUUCUUGGUUAGAUAUUAAAACAUGGUAUCUUAUAAGAGUGACAUUUUUUUAUAUAGGGUGAACAAAUCUUUAUCAAAUUUAGGGGUGGCUUGGAAAGAACUCUACCAUGGGAAAGCGUUACAUGCUUCUUGAAUAUGUGCAUGUUCAUAUACAAGAAUCCCUUCAAUAUUACUUGUGCAUGUAUGCUUUUAACUGAUGAAUUUGCAGGUUGAGCAUCUACCACUUUGUCACUUACACGGUUAUUGUGUGAUAGAGUAGUGGCUUAUUUUACCAAGCGUUGUUUUUCACGAUUUACUUAUCUGAAACGAUCGGCGACCUCUUGAUGCGCCUUCUUCGUUGAUGCAACAACCUCCACCUGAGGCUUCCAACCCUUUUUGGGUUUUGAAGAAUCGUGAUGGCUAAAAAGAGGUUAUAUUAAAAAAAAAUGUUUUCGGAGGUAAUAGUUUGCUUCAACCUUUUUUAUUAUAAUGUUUGUUUGUUUCAUUAUCGUGCUUAAAAGUUUGAAUUUCUUGAAAAUAAAGGUUUUGUUGGUUAGUUUGUUGUUUAAAGCUUUUGAUUUAAUGUUUUUAUUUCGUAAAUAUAGUAAAUGGUGCCUAAGUUUUUUUUCAAAAAUUCUUUUUUUCAUAAUCCAUCAGACGAGCUUCUCAAAGAGGUGGAGAUCUAUAAACAUCUUUGAAUUUUGUUAUUUGGAACUUACAAGAUCUAUCAUUUUUGCAUUUGGAUAUACAAUUUUUUUGUGUUGACUUGGAUAUCUAUUUCAUAUACAUUCUCUAGAAUGCAAACAUAAAGACUACAGUUACAUCAUCCAAAGCCAAUUUUGAAGAAGCAUGUUUAGCUUCUGUUUCUUUCACGAUCUCCCUCUUUCUCGAUGUGUGUGUACAAAUGUUAUGCAGGUCUUAGUAUGUAUAAUCAUGUUUUGGGCUGCUGUUUGGUUGAGAUUUAAAAUGCUAUGAAUGAAAAUGUGAGCUCAAAAUCCUCAAAAAAGGAGCUAAAAGGAUGAAAAUCCUCUCAAGUGGAUUGUUGUACUUUUCACACUUCACUAGAGAAGAAACUUUAUUGUUCACCGCUACUAAAAAAAUUGUAACGCCAGAAAUUAUAAUUAUAAUGGUUGAGAUGGAUACAAAAGUUGAUCUCGAUGUUUUAUGCGCAUGUAUUUUAGUUUUCUGCAACUAAUGGAGC